AUGUCCUUGUGCGGACAUACGCUACACCCUUCCGACGCUCUAUUGAGCGCAGUGAACAAUCUCCGAUCCCAGCACGGGACCAGCGAGACGUCGAUCCCGGCCUAUCUCGCCCAGUUGAGGACACGCAUCGCGGACGGAGAGCGACCAGAGUUCCAAGAUCCUGGGCCUGACCGGGACUUUUACUUCCCCGAUGACUACCAUCACACAGAGAAGGACCAGCUCUGCGAGGGGCUAUGCGAAUUUGAGUACGCGACAUGGAGGCGCGUCAGAGGAAAUGCGGCACGAAGGGUCACAGAUACUCCUUAUAUUCAUUAUGGCACCAUCGCCUCGUCGAACGCGCUCAUAGUUUCAAGCGCGAAAAGGAACGAAUUAUACCAGAAGCACAAAGCUAUCUGCUUCGAAAUGGAAUCCGCCGGCAUAGUGUGCAACACCCAGGCCCUCGUGAUCCGCGGAAUCUGUGACUAUGCAGACGCACACAAGAACAAAACGUGGCAGAAGUACGCUGCUGCCACCGCCGUCGCCUACCGAACCCCCAAGAACAGGCAGCCGUCAUCACAAUCUAUCCUUGAGUGCCAAAAAUCACUCGCCUUCCUCAAUAUGGAUAACAGGGCACACGAUUUUAGCGCCGCUGCCGAAGGGACAUGUCAGUGGCUCAUCAACCAUGUCAACUACAAGAAAUGGUCCGUAGCCCACCGCGGCCUGCUCUGGAUCAAAGGAAAGCCGGGCUCCGGAAAGUCAACCCUGCUAAAAUACGCUUUCAAACAUCUUGACCGCCCGCAAGAUAUCGUCCUAUCCUUCUUUUUCCACGGCCGUGGUACCGAUAUGCAAAAGACCCCCUUGGUUUCCUUCGAACAAUACUUCACCAAGUUCUCCAGCAGGCGCCCGACCGGGGAGAAAUGGGAAUGGCAUUUAGAGGAACUCAAGUCCCUCUUUGAGUCAUCGCUGCAGGAAAUGCAGCGAUCCCGUACCGUUUGGCUGUUUGUCGACGCUCUCGAUGAAGCUGGCAAAGAAAACGCAAAAAGCAUCUUCCAGUGGCUCAAAUCUCUAGUCAAGAUCUCACCAUCUGCAGGCGGACAGGUUCGCAUCUGUGUAACAUGUCGCCACUUUCCGAUUCUUGACACGGCCUGUGAGUUUGGGAUAUGCCCAGAGGAAGAAAACUACGAAGAUAUCACCAGAUAUAUCCGAGACCGGCUCUCCGACUAUUUUAACAUUUUCAAAUCACGAAUUCCAUCCAUUAUCACGGACCGCGCAGCGGGCGUUUUCAUGUGGGCCCGUCUUGUGAUUGACAAAGUGGUUGACUUGGAGCUUGAAGGCGAAACGAUGAUGGCGAUCGAGGCCGCGAUUGACGAGAUCCCUCUUGACCUUGACCUUUUAUAUCAUGAUCUUAUUCGGGACAUGAAGCCAGCCUCCCGUAUAUUGAUUGAAUGGACCUUACUUGCUUAUGAACCGCUAGAGUUGUUUGACCUGCGAUGGGCCAUUCUUGUUGAUGCGCAUCACCCGUACCGGUCGCUACGAGAAUGCUACAACAGCGGUGCAUUUAUACAAGACUAUGACAGAAUGAAGAGGCAGAUCUGUACGCUCAGUCGCGGACUUGUCGAGACCAAUGGCGCGUCAAAUGUUCAAUUUAUCCACCAGACAGUCAAAGACUUUUUCUCGAACGAGGCCUCGCCAUCCUAA